AGCAUUUUGUUUGGGUUGUGGUUUCUUUUCAAAGGGUUUUGUGUCUUCUUCCUUAUUUCUUUUCUAGAACAGAGACAGAGAGAGAUGGCUAAAUCUUCAUUCUAAAAUCUUCUCAGUCUUUUUAAAUUUUCUUCGCAUUGUAUAGCGAUUGUUGAGAACCAGAUUUUACUGGGCAAUUUAGAGAUUAUAAUAGAUUGCGUGAUCUGUAAUCAACUGGCUGAUUAGGCUCAUAAUGGUGGUGAAGAGGAGGUUUAAUUGUGGCUUUGAUUUCUCCAGUAUUCCCAAGGCUCCUCGUUCCACCAGGAGGAAGGUAUCAAGCACUAAGAACGAUGACAUUGGGAUCCCUGCAAUUGAUUUGCUCGCUUCUCUGGCUGGGAAGUUGCUAGAAGAAAGCGAAAGUUCCUCCUCUACCUCUACCUCUACCAAUGCAUUUAUAGGGGGGAGCAUCAAGCAAGAACAUGUUGAAGAUAUCAUCAAGCCUUGUGAAUCCGAGCUUGCGUCAAAGUCCCCUCCUAGUGAUAUUACUAGCGAGACUUGUCUGGAAAAUGAUUGUAAGAGAGCUCUUGUUUCGAAGCCCCUUGUAGGGUGUGGAGGAAACAAGAAAGAGGAUUGUGCAGUUAGCUUAAUCUCUGGCCUGAAGGAUCCAAGUCAGUUACAUUUGCAGUUUCCCCAACCACUACUCCACCUGGAUGGCGAUGUAAAAACGCCACCAGGCACGGAUGGUAUUGGUGUCUCCAAUGGUUCUUUGGAAGGGUAUAGGAAUCAAUCUAAGUUAGUUUGCAGAGAUAAUGACGAAAACUAUUGUAAGUACUAUAGAUUUAGUGACAGAUGUAGGCCUUAUAGGCCUUUGACACGUGUUAGACAUCGAAUAAUGAAAAAGUGUUUUGGAGACACUAGAACAGAUGGCUGUGUAAAGUCUCUGUACCGAAAGAGAAAGUCGUGGCAUGGUUAUAACCCAUGGAAGCAUGAGACGGUUCUUAGGAAGAGAAGAUUGUCUGACAAAGGGUUGGUCGUAAACUCUGAUGGAGGACUCAGUAGCGAGAGUGUUACCACUUCACCUCACAAGGGAGAAUCAGUAAAGUUCAGCAUCAAGUCCUUUAGGAUUCCAGAGCUUUUUAUUGAAGUUCCAGAAACAGCAACAGUAGGCUCACUGAAGAGGACGGUGAUGGAGGCUGUUACAGCUUUACUCGGUGAUGGAAUACGUAUAGGGGUGUUAGUCCAAGGAAAGAAGGUUAGAGAUGACAGUAACACUCUAUCACAGACUGGUCUUUCAUGUAGAGAAAAUCUAUGCAACCUUGGCUUCACCUUGGAGCCUGAUCUCGAAAACCUACCUGUACCUCUUUGCUCUGAAACUCCUGCCAUCUCUACGCCAACUGAUUCUACAAAUUUGUCAGAAAGGUCCGCAGCUUCUCCCGCGUUAGAUUCUAGAGUUCCUUUCCAUCUUCAAGAAGCAGAUCAUGUGAUUAGCUCUGGAAAAUGUGUGGAGAAUAACCAGGAACUAGUUCCAUAUCAGAGUGACGUGUCAGCUGAUGAAGAACAACCUUCAUCAGAUCUAAAAGCGCUGGUUCCAGUUUCAGCCUUGGAAGCUGCGGCUCUUGCAAUUGUCCCACUUAACGAGAAACCUAAACGUGCAGAGGUUUCACAGCGCAGAACCAGGAGACCAUUCUCUGUUACAGAGGUAGAAGCUUUAGUACAAGCUGUAGAGGAACUUGGUACUGGAAGGUGGCGUGAUGUGAAAUUACGUUCUUUCGAUAAGGCAAGUCAUCGAACCUACGUGGACUUGAAGGACAAAUGGAAAACUUUGGUUCACACGGCAAGUAUAUCACCGCAGCAACGGAGAGGGGAACCAGUGCCUCAAGAACUGCUAGACAGAGUCUUGGCAGCACAUAGGUGUUGGUCACAGCACCAACUGAAACAGAACGGGAAACAUCAAGCGGCUGCAAUAAUGGUGGGUCCGUCCAUGUAAAGAAGGUAAUGACAGUAACACUUUCACUUGAAGACUAUAAGGAAGCAACGUGGGCAAAACUGUACAAAGGCAAAAACAACAGAAGCAUACUUUUUUAUUUUUCAUUUCCUUUCCAACUUUGAGAUUUUUUAUCAUCGCUGGCAGAACACAAGAUGUAACUUGGUUACUUUUAUGUUACAUUUGUUCAUAUUUCAGUUUCUAAUUGAUUUGGUUCUGUAAA